CCCCCCGGCGGCGCCGCUCCCUCACUCACCGCCGCGCUCCCGGCGAGGCGGCCGGCCUCCCCCCUCCCCGCAUCACUUCCGGGAGGCUAGCAGUCAGCUGGCGGCGCGGCGCGACGUAAGGCUGCGUGCCCGACGCCGCACGCACGAUGACCCCAGUUACUCGACAAGAAGUUCUUGGCCUUUACCGCAAGAUAUUCCGGAUAGCCAAAAAAUGGCAAUCAGCAUCAGGACAGGUAGAAGAAACUCUUAAAGAGAAAGAUUACAUUAAGAAAGAAGCCAAAACAUUGUUCCGAAAAAACAAAGAUGUAACAGAUCCAAAGUUGAUUAAGCAGUGCAUAGAAGAAUGUGAGGCAAGAAUAGAAAUUGGACUUCAUUAUAACAUCCCCUACCCAAGACCUAUUCAUCUGCCUCCUAUGGGUCUUGCCCAUAAACAAGGCCGUACAUUUCGACAACAGGAAAAGUUGAGGAAGAUUUCUAAGCCAAUAUACCUGAAAUCCCAUGAUGAAAUUUCAUAACCCAUCACUAAACUGUGAUGUGUUUGGACUGUAAUCCAGGUGAUUUGUGUGCACAACUGUGAAUGAAGCUGUUUUGGUCACUUGCUCCCACAUUUCCUGAGGCCAGAAAGCUAACUGAUGUAAUGCAUAUGAUGGAUAAGGUUGGUCUAAUACUAUUCAACCAUUGACUCAUCAAUAAAAGUAGCACUUUUCAAGGA